AUGGACUACAUUGCGCCCGUGCCCAAGAUGGAGGAGUUUGUGCCUGGGAUCAACAGGACGAUGCGGCUGCUGCUGCAACACGCCGUGGGGCGACAGCUGCCCUCGCGUGUGCAGCACGCGGCGUUUGUCACGGCCCUGUCCCACGUCACGCCGUCCCUCCCGCUCAUGGUCACGUUCACGAUUGGCGAGAGCGACCACCACCGCCACCAGCAGCAGCAGCAACAGCAGCAGCAGCAACACCACCAGAGCGCAUCCCGGCUCUCACGUGCGCUGAGCAGACACGGCGACGAAGAGGAAGCGGAUGCCGUGUCCACACACACCAGGCUGUCUGCUGCGCUACGCGUGGACAGCGAGCCCACCGAGCUGUACCGCAUGAGCGGCGUGUUGGACCCAAAUGCCCUGCUGCCACUCGGCGCAAAGGAGGGCGGGAAGCAGCUGGGCACGGCGCAGAUUGGGGGCGGUGCCGGGGGACCCAUCCAGGUGCAGGAGUACGACCUGGACACAUCGUCCGGCGGGGAGUCGUCAUCGGAGGAGGAGAGCGGCGCCGACCAGGCCGUGUUUGUCGACAUGUCCGAGAUUUAGGGCACACAUGGGGAGGUGGUUGGUGGGUUGGUUGGUGGUGUUUGGGGAGGAGUGACAGAGCAGAGGAUAAGGAGAGAAUGAGAAGAAGAAGAAGUGGAAGGAUGUGGGUGAGUACACAAGCACAUAUCUUCAUUCACACAUGCCUCCAUACACACAAAAUGGUUGCUUCCCCCCCCCCGCGUGUGAUUGUGUGUUGUGACGUCUAACAGGCCAUGCAUGCAUUGUUGUCAUGUUGCUUUUGGUGUUGUUGUUGUGAAUCGAGCCAUUUAGUAAACAGCACACGCAUUACGUCAA